GGAUUUUCAUACACGGUCGGUUGUUUCCGAUCCGACGCUCGUAAGUGGAGACGUAGCGUGACGUCACAGACACAGGGACGUUUUUGUGUUAACUGGUUUAGUGUUGUGUUAAGUGCGACUGCGUGUUAAUAUAUAAUUAUGAAGCCACUACUAAAGACAGUGGCGGCGAUAUGCCUCCUACUGAUCGUUCACGCACUCCCCGAAAACAUAGAGGAUGUUAAGGAACUACCCCAAUCCAAAGAACCAAUUGUCGAAGCUGAGGCAUCCGAGCCCCAAGCGAGGGUUGAGCGCUGCACAACUUGUACCUCUGGAAACCUCAAAUCGCCUCAAGCGCUUCUAGCUGAACUUCAAGCCCUACCAGGCUCAGAAGUCCAUACACAACAGUCUUUUGAAGGAUGUUCAUCAGACAAGGGUUGUGCUGGUCUGAAGCUUAAAGACGGCAAAGUUAUUGAAAGAUACGGUAACGCAGAUGCCUAUAACGCGGCCGCCGCUGCGGAUAUUAACAAUGAGUUCCACUUUCACUCGGGUUUUGGAAAAAACGUCUUUGAAGGUGGCUUACCAGGCAACGGUCCUUUCUGGUGGAUGAACCAGGACUCGCCAUUUAAAGCUGGCGCUGGUAGCAGCGGUAACUUUGAGAAAUACAGCAAAUCAUCCAGCUCUAGCUAUUCAAGCAGCGGUUCAAACGGUGGUGCAAGCGGAGUUGGUGCGGUUGGCGGACUUGACUUGGCAAGCAACCCAUUCUUAAACGGUGAUCUCGCAAAUUUGGGUGCAGGACAAAACAUUGGAGGCAUUAAGCCCUCUAACUUCCAGUCUUCGUCUUUCGAAUCCUCAUCCUUCAGCUCCUCCAACAAAGGAGAGGUUGAUUUAUCGAAAAACCCAUUCCUGAACGGUGGUUUUAAAGCUGACCAAGCUGGAUCUGGAUUUGGAUUUGGAUCCAACGGAGCAGCCGGUUCAAACUUUGAUGCAGCCUCAAACUCUCAAAGCCAAUAUAACGCCAACAGUGCCAAUUCUCAAAGCUUCGGCAGUUCCUACAGCGGAGGCUUCGCAUCAGGAAACAAGGUUUCUACUGGUUACACCGGUUCUUCCCCUACACCAUUCGCGACCCCUGUAUCUAACAUCAACCUGAUUCAGAGUGACAAAACCAAUGAAUUCGACUACGAACAGCAACAGCAAACACAACAGAACUUCGACAAUGUCUUCCAGAGUUCUGGAAGCGUUGGAAUUGACACGUCCGGUGGUGAUUUGCAGCAGACCUGUGCAACUGAAGGUUACUCCUGUGUAAUCAAAUCCCAGUGCAGCAACGGUGUGGCAUAUCUUCGAAUCAAUCCUAGGAAACAAUUCUGCAACGUCCGCACUGAAAUCUGCUGCAAGGUAGAAAUAUUCCAAGCCACUAACCAAGGAGCAGUAGGAGUUGGAUCAACGCUUAACCAGGGUUCAUCUUACGCUGGUCAAUCAUUUGCAUCACAAUCUGGUUCAGCCUUCGGAGUUCAAGGACAAUCAACUCAAACUGGACUUGGAAGCAAUGUUGGCUUGGGAACAACUGGCUCUUCAUCUUAUGGAGCCAAAGGCACUUAUGGAUCUCAGAGUGGUACUAGUUCAUCAUUUGGAUCAAGCAUUGGAUCUAUCAACAGAGGAACAGUCGGGUCUACAGGUUACGGUUCAACCAUCGCGCCAUCAACCCAAAAAUUCGGAGCCACGAAUGGUUUUAAAACGACUGGACAAACCAAUUUUAUUGAAACUGACUCUUUAUCAGCUGGUAGCAUAAACGCAGGUGUAUAUCGUCCUGGUGCUAUUGGAUCCAACUUGAAACCUGGUAUCCCAUAUCUGCCCCCAGUGGACAACGCAAAGAGUGAUACUAACAUCAUUAGCUCAACAGUCUACCCGACCCCUACCUUCGUAACUACUCCCAGACCUGUCAGACCUAUCACUGCUAAGCCUACCUACCUACCCCCUCCUGUAUCAUCUACUUCUGCUCCUGGAUAUCUUCCUCCCAUUGGAGAACCGACAAUCAACAGGGAGACAAUAGUUCCUCCUAACCCAACAUACAACGAAGGGUCUCUGUACUUGGACCAAAACAGACAACCAGUAAGACCGACUCCCAUCCCAAGUGAUAUCCCAGUAGGCUGUGCUGCAGCGCUGAAAUGUACUCCCAUUGAAUUCUGUACCGCUGAGGGCGUUAUCUCCAACACAUCUGUCAUCUUGACCAGAGAUCAGGACGCGUACAGAGUACCUCUUACGGACUGCAAAGACAUCGAAACUGGUCGUGUUGGCAAAUGCUGCCGUGAUCCUUACUACACCGACCCAUGGCCGACCAACCAGCUCGGCAAGUGGGUGCCCGGCGUCUUCGGUGGUAACGAUGGCAAAUACGUUCCAGACAGCCGUGGUAGCUCGAACAACAUCAGACCAACAGUCACCGCCAGACCUCCAGUCACCGGAUCCGUUCUCUUGAACAAUUUCUUAUCAACAAAACCACCCGGUACACCAUUCGGAUCAAACCAAAUUACCCCAGGCUACCCUUCAUCCACCGCAACUCCCUUCCUCCAAAAGGGACAGUUCGGUCAAGGCGGACAGGGUCAAUACAGCGUCGGAGGUCAAGGUCAAUACAGUCAAGCAGGUCAGGGACAACGUGGCGUUAUUGGCCAAGGUCAAAUUGGAUCAGGCUCUCAAGUGAACACAGCUUUCUCUCAAGGACAAUACGGCCAGAAAGGUCAAGGACAGAUCAUAAGCCAGGGUAGAGGACAAGUGAUCAAGCAAGGACAAGGUCAAUUCGUAUCCCAGGGACAAGGACAAUACUCUCAGGGAGCUAAAGGACAGUUCGGUGUUGUUGGACAGGGCGUGCAAACCCAAUUCGGAGUUGGCCAGAAAGGUAUUCAAGGACAAGGCAUCGGUGUGAUCGAAGGUCAAGGAAUCGCCAUCAAAAAGGGUCAAGGGCAAUACGCUUCUCAAGGACAGGGACAGAUAAUCACUCAGGGACAAGGAACAGCUGUAUCCCAAGGGUUCGGUACUGGAAUCCGUCAAGGACAAGGACAGAUAACCACUCAAGCCCAAGGAACAGCCGUAUCCCAAGGAUUCGGUACUGGAAUCCGUCAAGGACAAGGACAGAUAUCCACUCAAGCCCAAGGAACAGCUGUAUCCCAAGGGUUCGGCACUGGAAUCAGACAAGGACAGGGACAGUACGCGUCUCAAGGCCAGGGCGCAAUAGUUUCACAAGGAUUUGGGGAAGGUGUACGUCAAGGACAGGGUGCAAUCGUUUCACAAGGUUUUGGAGAAGGAGUACGUCAAGGACAGGGCGCAAUCGUUUCACAAGGAUUCGGAGAGGGCGUUCGUCAAGGACAGGGCCAAUACGUAUCCCAAGGACAAGGUCAAUUAGUAUCCCAAGGUCAGGGCCAAUACUUGUCCCAAGGACAGGGACAGCUCGUGACUAGAGGACAAGGACUCCUCGUAUCACAAGGUUUUGGACAAAACAUCCGUCAGGGUCAAGGUUUCUCUGUGUCCCAGGGAAGUGGAAUCGGUGUCGAGAAUGAGUACGGAGAAUCCGUGCAGAGAGUAUUCCUGCAACAAUACAAUGGCGGCGGAAAGUGCGGACUUUUGAACGGUCAAAAGCCAAACGGUAACCGCAAUAAUCUGGAAGUAGACUUCGCGGAAAUUCCUUGGCAAGCGAUGGUGUUGCUCCAAACCAACAAGAGUCUUCUCUGCGGUGGUGUGAUCACCAGACCUGAUGUCGUUGUUACAUCAGCGGCUUGUGUUGAUGGCUUGGACGCCAAGAACGUGCUGAUCAAGGGCGGAGAAUGGAAGCUUGGAAUCGACGACGAACCUCUUCCCUUCCAAAUCGUCCAGGUUAAGACAAUCUUGCGUCACCCCUUCUACAAAAGCGGAAGUGCCCACUACGAUGCAGCAAUCUUAGUACUCACUGAGAAUUUACGAUUCGCCAAGAAUAUCUACCCCAUAUGCUUACCUGGGGCUGAUGAGACUUUAGACAAGUACUACGAUGGGGCUGGACAGUGCAUUGUUACUGGAUGGGGCAAACAAGUGUUACAAGCUCACCUCUCCGGCAGCAUCAUGCACAGCCUGAACGUGUCUCUGAUCACCCCUGGAGAAUGCCAGGCUAAGCUGAGCUCGGACUACCCGCAUCUCCUGGACCAGUACGAUGAAGACAGCUGCGUUUGUGGACAACCCUCAAACCCAUCGAACAACAUCUGCAAGGUGGAUAUCGGCAGUGCGCUCGCAUGUACGACCGGAGAUGGACACUACGUGUUCAGAGGUGUUUACUCCUGGGACUCAGGUUGUCAAACCGGUAACCAACUCGCAGCGUUCUACAGAUUCGACCUUGAGUGGUACCAAUGGGCUAUUGGGCUGAUUGAAAGUGUUAGAUUCGCUCAAUUUAGCACCGUAACCAAAGUGACAUCGGGUCGGUACUCCGGUGGUGUGAAAGGCUUCAACAGCGCGAAGGGCUCCCAAUACAGCGGUGUUAAGGGCUCAGUUAACUCUGGAGACAGUGCUAAUGGAUUCGGCGUUGCCAAGGGUCAAUUCGGAUUCGGCCAAGGUGUAGUCAGCCAAGGUCAGUUCAAGCAAGUCAAUCAGUUCUCGGAGAAGGUAUCCUCAAGUGGCUCCCAAAGCGGUUUCGGAUCCGGUUUUAAUUUCGCUGAGAUCAAGCCAAUAUCAAAUGGCUUCAGCGCAACUUACUCAGAGAAGAAAGUAUUCCAGAGCGAACCGAAAAUAAUAACGUACACAACUAAACCUGAAAUCGUGACGUACACCACUAAACCGGAAAUCGUGACGUACACGACGAAACCGGAAAUCGUCACUUUUACGACAAAACCCGAAAUAUUCACUUACACGACGAAACCGAAAAUCAUAACAUAUACGACGAAACCAAAAAUCGUAACGUAUACGACGAAACCGCAAAUAAUAACUUACACGACGAAACCCCAGAUUAUAAGCUACGAGACAUCAGGAAGCCGCACCAACCCACAGUACAUCGCCCCCGGUGUAACAUUUAACCCCUCUUUCUCAGAAUUAGUCGGUAAACACGAACACUCCGCCAAAUGCAAGUGCUUAGAGGGCAAGAAGUAAGGUAACAUUGGAAUCACAAUUUAAGUCUAAGUGCCAUAACAUUCUGUAUUA